AUACAAUAUAAAUACCGAUAAAAACCCAAUUUCCAUCCUCUCUCUCUGUCUCUUGCAUCCUUCCUUAAAAUUCCUUAUAAAAAGCAUAUAUAAAUUAACGAAAACUAAACACUGUAAUUAAGGAGAGUAAAUAAUAGAUUAGUGUGAAAUCAACAAAAAUGAUUGUGUUAGUGAAUUCUAAUACUACAGGUUUAAGAAAACGAGUUUUUCCAAUUGAUUACGAAACAGAAAUGUCACAGCGUCUCGUAGAUGCUGUUCAUAACGGUGAAACAGAUAUUGCCAUUGAAUGUUUAUUGAAUCCUUCUGUCGAUGUUAACUUCAUUGGAACGGUGUUGUUGAAAUCCAAAACGACGGAGAUUGAGCUUCAAGAUGAGUUACCUCACCGAGUGAACUCGGUGUAUGAAGAGUUUAAAACUGAUGUUACUGCUCUGUUUUUGGCUGCACAUUCUGGAAAUUUGCCACUCCUUCGUAAAUUACUGAAUGUGGGAGCUAAUGUAAAUGUGAGAUUGUUCCGGGGCUAUGCUACAACAGCAGCAGUGAGGGAAGGACAUCUUAAAGUAUUGGAGGUUCUUAUCAACGGUGGCGCGUCACAACUUGCAUGUGAAGAAGCUAUACUUGAAGCAAGCUACGUAGGACGGGCCACAUUUGCGGAACUACUCAUGCAGUCCAACAUGAUCCGUCCUCCGGUUGCAACUCACGCCCUUGUUUCUGCUUGUUGCAGAGGCUUCAUUGAGGUUGUUGAUGUACUCAUCAAGCAUGGAGUGGAUGUCAAUGCAAUGGAUAGGAUUCUGCUUCAAUCUUCAAAGCCAUUUCUUCACGCUAAUGUUGAUUGCAAUGCAUUAUUUGCUGCUGUGGUCAGCAGGCAGAUUAAUGUUGUUAGACUAUUGUUGCAGGUUGGUGUAAGACUUGAUAUCAAGGUGAAAUUGGGAGCUUGGUCUUGGGAAACCGAUACAGGAGAAGAAUUUCGAGUCGGUGUUGGACUAGCCGAGCCUUAUCCAAUCACAUGGUGUGCUGUAGAAUAUUUUGAAUACACUGGAACUAUACUUCAUAUGCUUCUCCAACACCUCUCACCUAAUGGUUUCCACAUCGGAAGAACUCUCUUGCACCACACCAUUGUUUGUAACAAUGAAAGAGCAUUGAAUAUACUUCUCAAUAAUGGCGUGGAUACAGAAUUAGUACUUCAAACUACUGAAGAAACCAAUGUACACCCUAUUCACAUGGCUGCGCGACUUGGAUCAUGCAACAUUCUUCAGUCUUUGAUUGAUGGUAAGUGUAACUUGGACUCACAAACAAAAUUUGGUGACACAGCAUUGAUGAUUUGUACAAGGUAUAAAAAUGAGAAGUGUCUAAGACUUUUAGUAUCUUCGGGAGCUGAUUUGGGGAUUGUAAAUUCGUCUGGUCAAUGUGCAACUUCAUUAGCAAAUUUUGUUCAGUGGAGUAACGAAUAUCAGAAAGCAAUUUUGGAUAUAAUUAGAGGCGGAAAGGUUGUUAAAUCAAGCAAUGCGUCUGGAUUUUCAGCUUUGUUAUUGGUCACUCACGCGAAUGACAUAGAGGCUUUGAAAAAACUCAUUGAAAAUAAAAACAUAAAUCUAGAUGAACAAAACGAGAAUGGAUUUUCAGCUGCAAUGAUAGCUUGUGCAGGGGGUAAUGUGGAAGCUUUCAAGUUGCUUCUUUAUGCUGGAGCCGAUGUAAUUAAUCUCAAAAACAAACAUGGUUUAACAGCUCUUAAUCUCAUAGACUUGAACCAAAAAGGUGAAAAUGGUGAAAAAUUCCAUAAGGUGAUGUUUGAAUAUGCACUUAAAAAGGGAUGCAAUGUUAUUACCUUAGCCGAGGCGAAUCCUCUUCACCGUGCAGCUUGUUAUGGAGACAUAAACAUUGUCGAAAAGUUAUUAAAACAAGGGUAUUAUGAUGUGAAUGGUUUUGAUGGAAAUGGGUAUACACCAUUGAUGUUAGCAGCAAGAGAAAACAAAGGAGAAAUGUGUGAGAUUUUGAUAUCUUAUGGAGCGAAAUUCGAUAUCAAGAAUGAAAAACAUGAAACAGCACUUUUACUUGCAAGAAAAAAUGGCAAAGGAAAUGAUGCAGAGAGUGUGAUAUUAGAUGAGUUAGCUAGAAGAGUAGUGACGUGUGGUGCAUGUGUGAAGAAACAUACAAAAUGUGGUAAAGGGUUUCCUCAUAAGAAACAAUUGGUAAUGGUUGGUGCUGCUGGAAUAUUACGUUGGGGGAAAUCGAAUAAGAGAAAUGUUGUUUGUAAAGUGGCUGAGGUUGGACCAAGUGAAAGAUUUCGAUGGAACCGUAGGAAGAAGUUCGAUGUUGAUGAGCCAGGAAUGUUUUAUAUUGUUACUGCUAAAAAUAAGGAGGUACAUUUUGUUUGUGAAGGUGGGGUUGAAAUGGCUGAGUUAUGGGUUAGAGGGAUUAGAUUAGUAACAAGAGAAGCUAUUUUUGGUUCUAAAGCUAAUACUGGUUAAGGGAUUAUGGUCAUUGAUAGAAAAUCAUUUUCUGUUUUGAGAUUGAUAUCAUUUCAUUUUUUAUUUUGAACAUAUAGAUUAAUAUGUCCAUAUAUAAUUCAUACCAUGGUUAUGGUUAAUUGACUGUAUGAAUUGUAGAUUUUAAUUUUGUUAAUAUCUUCAAGUGUGUGUGUGUGUGUGUAAGAUUAUAAAUUGAGUUUGAGAUACAACCAUAGUGUAAAAUUGUUAUUUGUUAGUGAAGAAGCGGUUUCUUGCACUACAAGAAGA